GUGAGACAUUAAAGAGAAGAAGGUGAGACAUUAAAGAGAAGAAGGUGAGACUUUAAAGAAGGUGAGACAUUAAAGAGAAGAAGGUGAGACAUUAAAGAGAAGAAGGUGAGACAUUAAAGAGAAGAAGGUGAGACAUUAAAGAGAAGAAGGUGAGACAUUAAAGAAGGUGAGACAUUAAAGAGAAGAAGGUGAUACAUUAAAGAGAAGAAGGUGAGACUUUAAAGAAGGUGAGACAUUAAAGAGAAGAAGGUGAGACAUUAAAGAGAAGAAGGUGAUACAUUAAAGAGAAGAAGGUGAGACAUUAAAGAGAAGAAGGUGAGACUUUAAAGAAGGUGAGACAUUAAAGAUGGCCGCCAGAGACGAGCGGCUGUCUCCCGUGCGCAGCUUCACCGUCAGCAGCUUGAGGGUGGAGCAGGAAAGAUGGCGGGUGUUGGAGGAGGGGCAGCAGGUGGUCCUCAGCAGCUUCUUCAACACUCCGGACUACACAGACCUGUUCGUCUGCCGGGGCGCUGGCGGCGGACUCUCCGUCAGCCUUGACUUCCCUCUAAAUGUCCCCACUAAAGUCAUCUGCGUCUCCAAGACCGGCCCUGAAGUUAUCACCAAAGAAAAUGUCCGACAUAUUUUAACAAUCCAAGAAGUUCAGGGAAGAAACGCAAAGAGCUUCAUCACGGCUGCUUGUGAGGAGGCUGAAGGUGUCCUCUGCUGUCAGGUGACCUGCCCAUCUCUUAGCAACCCAGAGACGAGCAGAAGCGUACCCGAGGCGGCCAUGAGGUUCAUGGCGCGCCAGAGGUACGAGGCGCUGCUGAUGAAGGUUCAGGUAGAGGGACGCACCUGUCUGGCUUAUCCCGACGGCCUUCAUGAUGACGCUGGAGGGCGCAGGAAGUUGUCAGACAUGAAGCUGCUCCACGCCUGUGAUUCAACGAUUAUGGAGUGGGCGGGGCUUGUGUCAGAGUUCCUGCAGCAGGACUCGUCUCAGCCGGUUCUGGACGGACUGGAGCCACUGCCCUUAGAGGAGUUUAACUUCUGGGGGACCAGACUGAAGAACCUGCACUUCAUCCAGCAGCAGUUGAUGAGCAGCAGAGCUCAGCAGGUGAUGUCCAUUGUCCAGAGGGCAGAGAGCGUCUACUGGUCCACUCUGAGAGACAUUUACAGUGAUGUCCAGGAAGGUCUGGACGAGGCUGAGGACGUGAUUUUGAACCUGAAUCCUGUACAGGAGAAGCUGGAGGAGCUGGAGCAGAUGGAGUACCAGCAGCUGGGAGGCAACAUAGCUGCUGUGAUGGAGGAGAUGCGACUGGUGUGGAUCAGGUCUGAGUUCUACUGUAAACCCUGCAGGAUCGUGAUCCUGCUGCAGGAGAUCUGUAACCUGUUCAUACAGAUGAGCAGGAAGUUCCUGCAAGGGAAGGAUUUGAUGAGUGGUCUAGUGUCAGACCCUGGUCUGGGGCUGGAUGAUGUCAAACUAGUGAUCUGGACCCUGCAGAGCCUCAAAGAGGCAUACAGUCAAUGCAGGACCCAGCUGGAGAAGCAGAAGCAGGACGGAGACACUCAGAGCUGGGACUUUCCUUCACACCUGGUCUUCUUCAGCCUGGACAACUUCCUGCUGCACCUGCAGAGAAUCCAGGAGGUGUUCUGUGUCAGCCUGCAGCUGCAUAAUUUGAACUCCACUCCCUUGUCGGGUGUUGGAGGCAGGAUGUGGACUGAUGUGGUCCAGGGGGUAUAUCAGGAUUUCCUCUGUCACGUGACGGUUAUGUCUGACUGUAGCUGUGACCCCACCGACCCCGACGACCAGAGCCUCCAACUGCACCUGGAUCAGUUUUGGGUUCAGGUUUUGGACCUGGAGAGACGGCUAGUGUCGGUCCUAAGCAGAGCCUUUGAGGCCUGCUGCGUCUCCUCCUCUGGAGCAAAGCUGGUGAAGAUGUUCGGGUUUAUCCUGGAACGUCCUCUGAUCCAGGAUCAGCUGCGUCCUCACCUGAUCAAGCUGGAGGAGCUGGUCCUGGAGGAGCUGGAUCAGAUCGAGCUGCUGUUCUACAGUCAGAGAGCGAACUCCCACACAUUCAGCCGGUUCAGUCCGUCAGCUGCAGCCAGACUCUGCUGGACUCAACAGCUCAGACUGAGAGCUGAAGACACCGUGAACCACUACAGAACUGUUCAACAGCUGUACUUGGACUCGGGUGCAUCCCAGCUGGUCCUGCAGAGGUUGCAGCAGAUUGUGUCCCUUCUGCAGGACUUCAGAGACCGAGUGAGGUCCGGCUGGAGUUCUCUGCUGGACUCUGACUGUGGGUUCAUCCUGGAGAAACCCCUGAUCCAGAACCUGCAGCAAGGCAUGCUGGGAGUUAACUGCAGCCACAAGCUGCAAGUGGUGCUGAGGGAGCUCAGGUAUGUGAGCAGGGAGACCGAUGUGGAGCUCCGCCCCCACGCUGCUCGACUCUUCACCUGCAGAGAUGACAUCACCCUGAGCUACCUGAGCUUGGGUCACAUGGUGUCCUGUUACGAGCAGGUGGCGAGUGACGUCCUGCCGGUGGAGCUUCCUCUGAUCCAAGAUCAGCUGCAAGACCUGUACCAGAAUCUAUCAGAACUGCAGAGCUACACCUGGAGCAGUGAAGGUGUGCAGCAGCUGGUGGAGCAAAAGAGAGAGCGACUGCUGCUCUUCCACUCCUCAGUGAUCCAGGCCAGAGCCAACAUGGCUGCCAUGACGUGCAUCAUCCAGGGCUGGGCGGAGCUUCACCUGCUGCAGCACUCGGGUGACUCAGUGCUGGGGGGCGGGGCUACAGAGCAGAGCUACAGACGCAUCAGAGAGGAGGGAAAGGAGCUGCUCAGGUUGACACAGGCGAACAGGAGUCUGUAUGGCGCUGAAGACUCCUCUGAGUCCUGGAUCCGGUAUCUAGACCACAUCGAUGACAAAGUCCAGGACGGACUGUUCCAGCUGGUGCUCAGAUCCCUGCACUUCCUGGUUGAAAACAUGAACCCAAAGAGCUGCAGUGUGCUUCUACAGGCCAGUCUGCAGCUGCAGGAAACAGGAAGUGUGUUUGAGCCGUCAGUGGGCGGCGGCCUCUCUGACUUCCUGCAGACCAUCAUCUCUGACGUCUAUGCAGCAGCCGGUCUGCCACCGAGGAUCUCUGUGAGCCGCCACGGCAACUACCAGGUGUCCCUGCAGCAGAGUCCGGAUCUCUCUGCUUUGGAAAAGGAAGCGAUGCAUCACCUGCUGCAGGUGAGGGAGGAGGCGGAGCGUCUGUCGGCGGGGCUGGACAGGUACUCGUACCUGUGGCUGAGCGACAGGAAGGAGAUGAUGCAGGAGUUCCUUACCUACAGCAGACAGCUAGGACCUGAGGAGCUGGAGGUGAAGGUGGCCCCACCUACCCUGAAGGACUUCCAGAGAGAGAUGGAGUCCCUCCACAGACUGAGCAGAGAGGUGGCUCAGCUGCAUGACGUCAUCGUUCUGCACAGCUGGCUGCAGGUGGACCUCCGACCCUUCAAAGACUCCUUACUGUCAAUCAUACACGACUGGAAACACCUGUACACAAAGUACCUGCUGGACUCGGUUAGUGACAGUCUGCAGCAGCUCACUCAGCAUGGUGACGAUGAUGAAGAGUCCCCAUCUUCCUCACGCUUCCCUCUGUCAGAAACCAUCAUCCUGCUGGAAGCUGCAGGAGUCGAGCUGCCUGAACACCUGUCAGCUCAGCUACAGUGCUGAUCACCUGAAGAGGAAACAGCUGACUCAUGAUGAUGAUGUCAUGAUUAAAGGUUCAUUUCAUGCUGAUCACCUGAGUUCUGUCGUGAACUUGAACCAACAGGUGGUUUGUUAGAGCCGUAGAUUCAGUUACGAAUCAUGAUUUAUUUGUAUGAUCUAAAGACGUUCCUUAAGUUACAUUCAUAUUCUAAAUAAUGGAAUUAUUGAUAUUAAGCUGAUGAGUAUCAGCUGGUAUAAUAUAGAUGUAGAGGAAGGUCCGAGUCUUUGACCUCACGUUAGAGCUUGUUAGAUGCAUUAAAAAGUGAAACGCGUACAAUGAAGUGGAAAUACUGAAGGCUGUUAAGAUGACAAUGAAGUUAACGAUGCUCGUUUUGCUGUCAUAAAGGAACAUGGGUCCUGUAGGUCUACGCUACACAACGUCCUGUAGGUCUACGCUACACAACGUCCUGUAGGUCCACGCUACACAACGUCCUGUAGGUCCACGCUACACAACAUCCUGUAGGUCCACGCUACACAACGUCCUGUAGGUCUACGCUACACAACGUCCUGUAGGUCCACGCUACACAACGUCCUGUAGGUCUACGCUACACAACGUCCUGUAGGUCUACGCUACACAACCCGUUCACUCUGCUCGGCAUCUACCAAUUGACUUGUGACUCCGAGCUAAACACUCAAAUUCAAGACUGUUUGCUGUCCUGGCUCCUCAGUGGUGGAACCAGCUCCCCA